AUGUCCUCCAACCUCGAAUCUGAAAUUAACAGCUGCCCUGCUCCGUCUUGUGACACCUUCGUCGUACUAAAACCAAACACUUUGGGUAACUGUGUUAUUUUUGGUAAAAAUUCGGAUCGACCAGCUGAUGAAGUUCAAGAGGUCAUCUAUGUAGCUGGCUGUGAUCAUCCGAGGAAUAGUAAAGUCCAGUGUACUUAUACCAAAUUGGACCAGGUUCCCAAGACAUAUUCUGUAAUUUUGAGCAAGCCAUCAUGGAUGUGGGGAGCUGAGAGUGGGGCCAAUGAAAAUGGAGUGUGCAUUGGAAACGAGGCUGUCUUUACAAAAAUGUUGAAAGAUCAAGACAAUGAAGAAAGACUCUUGGGUUGCGAUCUUGUCAGACUGGGCCUCGAACGCAGCGAGACAGCCAAAGCAGCUAAAGAUAUUAUCAUUAACUUGGUCCAGACAAUCGGUGUUGGCGGACGUGUGUCUGAUGAACCUUCAUUAUCUUAUCUGAAGUAUGAUAACAGCUUCCUCAUUAGUGACAAUAAUGAAGCCUGGAUUUUGGAAUUUGCUGGGCCGUAUUGGGCUACCCAAAGGAUCACCUCUGGUCUUAGAAAUAUCUCGAAUAUUCUGACCAUCGGUACAGAAUUCACUGAAAUAGCCGACGGAACUAGAGAACACGCCUCAAAAAUGGGCUGGUGGAAUUCAUCAAUAGAAGAGUUCCAUUUUGCCAAGGCCUUUUGUCAAACUUACUCAGACUUGGAAAAACUGGACAAAUUCGCCCACACCAGAUAUGCCAGUGGCCUUGAAAUGCUGGAGGAAUUCUCCAAAGAGAAGAAUUUCUGCAUUUCCGACAUGAUCAGUAUCCUCAAAGACGAACCAAGUGGCAUCAACAUGAAGGGCGCCUUUAAGACCAUGAGUUCCCAUGUCUCUCUAAUUCGCCCACCAAAUUCAGAACUUGCUUCCUGCCACUGGUUGACCGGAACUCCAAACCCGAUAUUUUCUAUCUUCAAGCCCUUCGUGUUCACCGAUGGCGCCAACAUUGGCGCUAGCACCAAAUCUCCGAGCUUUGGCUCUGAAGAUCCGGCCAAGAACAUCCCCAGGUUCCGCAAACGAGUUGACCGCAGUUCCCCGUUGUUUGAGGAACACGUAAGAGUUUAUUUGACGUGCGGCACGAAAGGUCGAGAUGCUGACAAAUGGCUGAAGGAAAUGAACACACUUCAAGCGUCCAUCAUCAAAGAGACCGAGGAAUUUAUCAACGACCCUGAAAAGCUACAGAUGAACAAAGGAACCAAGAAGACACUGUUUAGGAUGGCUGUCCACAAGGAGAUGGUCCUCUACAGUAAAAGAACAGGCACACCCCCUGAAUUAUUUGAACUUUAUGGUGAUAACAGUGUAGAGGAGGCCGAUUCUGCAAGUGUUCAUUUCGUCAGUCUUACCAAGAAUAAGUGUUCUUCAAAAAGAGGACAGGAUCCCAUUAUUUGUGAAAAGUUAAAGAAUGGGAUCUAUGUAUUCAUGAGAAAAACAAAAGCACUCAAGAUCCAGUUUACAAUCUGA